AUGCAUGAAAAAAAGUAGGCGUGUAGUAGGCAGGAUUGUCACAUUGAAUAUAGAGCUGAACUGCUUCGCUUGCCACAGCCAGUAUCAGUGGAUACCUCUAGUUGAGUGAUUCUCCGAGUAAGUCUUCAAUAAAAUCUCAUAAAAAUCAGAAUGAAAGCCAUAUCAUUCAGUAUCAUUCUUUAUCAACUUUUGUGUACUGUGAUCACGGUACUGGCACUUGAGAAUUGUACCCCAAACUCCUCUCCAGUCCCUCCUCCUACAAGCCCUACGCCAGCACCAGCGCCAGUGCCAGCUUCAUCGCCACCAGCAACAUUAGACACAUUUGCAACGACAACGGAUCGAAGCCUAACAAUUUUUUACGAUGCUAUGGAUGAAAGUUCUCAAAUGUUUUUCAAUACAACUCUGAUAAAACAGUACGAAUGCAUGCCUUCUUAUACGCUGACUUUUAUUCCAUGUCAAAAAACAACGGAAUCGAAUGGAGUUCUAACAUGUCCGGGCAAAGUUGACCCCACAUGCAGCUUGAAUAAACUGCAUUCUUGCGCUAUUGAGCAAAUUCCAGACAGGAAAAAACUCAUUAGUUAUUUGGCAUGCACUAUGAAAGGUGUAGACGUACUUCCAGAUUUGACUGUUUGUGCGAUUCAGAAUAACGUUGAUGAUGCGGCGCUUCAAGCGUGUAUAAGAUCUGAACAUGGAACAAACGUGUGUAAAGUGUAUAGUGCAAAACAAAUGCCAGAUAUGAAUACGUUACCAGGAUUAAUUUUCAAAAAACCGGAGGUUAUCAAACCUACAGAUCUCUUCCAAUACUUGGAUUAUUAUAGAAAUCAUAUCGCCAAAUUUGACCUGAACGCAGCAAUUUGUUCUCAAUUAAUGACUUCCAACGCACCUUCUGUGCCACCACAAUGCACCAAGGAGCUUAUCCUUGGGAUUUUUUAUAAAGCAAUGGAUGAGAAAUCUCAAAAUUGGUUUCAUGCGUUGGGUCCAGUUUAUGAUCAAUUCAAAGGUUUUGUGAAGUUCAAAUACCAACCUUGCAUGUUCGCUGAGCUUUCCCCAGACGGAAUAUUGGAUUGCCAGGAUGAAAAUGACAAAGAUUGUAUUGCGGGAAAAACUCACGCAUGCGCAAUAUGGCUUGUUGACGAACCCAAAACUCUGUAUCAGUAUUUGAAUUGUAUAAUGCAAGAUCCUAAAACCGUACCGAAUUUUGAAAAAUGCGCAACUGAUUUUAAAAUUCCAUAUGAUCCCAUCAAAGCAUGCGCCAACAGUAUCAGAGGCAGAGACCUAUGUUACGAAUCCUCGAAAAGUCGACCAAAAUCUCAAGACAUUCCAAUGUUCAGCUAUGCUUUGAGUUUUGAUGCAGAUGCAAGUAAGAAAACAUCAGAGGCAACCGAUUUACAAACUGUAUUUUGCGAUCAGUUGACAAAAUAUAAAAUUACUCCACCUCAAGUAUGUAGCGCCCCGAAAUGUGCUGGAAAAUGAGCAAGAAAUUUGUUUCGAUGGAAACAUAGAUAUCUAGGUACUUAUGUAUGUCCAAUAAUGAAGAACCAAAAUUUAAACUUUUAUUGAAGAAUUAAAAAUUACGAAAAAUACAAAAAUUAAAUGAAGUUGAAUGAAAGUUAUAUUUGUAUUUUCAUUU